AUGCUUUUUGCCGUGUGCUCCGUUUUUCUGUUCGCCUGCCUGAUUAGUGUCAGUGGUGGCGCCAGCCGCCCAUCUAAUUUUCCCGCCGAACUGCCGAUUUGCCAUUACGGCGACACCGAGUGCAUCAUCAAUGUGUCCCACAAGCUGGUGCGCCAAUAUGCGCGCACUGGCUUUGCACCCGCUGCAUUCCCACAGGUGGAGCCGUUCCUGAUUAAGCGCUUUGAUAUUUCGGAUGGACGCAGCGGCUCGCUGAGUCUCAAGCUGAACUUCCGGGACGUGAAUGUGGAGGGCUUGUCCGGCGUCAAGUUCGACCGGGCCGUUGGCUUCGACAGGAAUCCAUCCACAAGUAAGUUUGAAAUGUACGGCGCGUUCUCGAAAAUUGUGCUGCGUGGUAAGUACCUGGCCGAUGGACGCAUUCUGAUUCUGCCCAUACGCGGCGAUGGCGAUGCUGACAUCACCCUGCACAAUCCCAAGUUCUCGGUCAAGUUCAAGCCGGCCACACAGGUGCGCAACGGACGCACUUUCCUCAGCGUGGACAAGCUCAAGGUCCUCGUGGAGCCACAGAAAAUGAACAUCAAGCUGACCAACCUCUUCAACGGUGACCAAGCGCUGGGCAACAAUUUGAACCAGUUCCUGAACGAGAACUGGGCCGAUGUCUGGAGCGAGCUGCAGCCGUCGGUGCAUGUCGCCAUUGCGGAUAUCAUGAAAAGUAUUCUCGCUACACUUUUCAAACGUUUCGCCUACGAGGAUUUAUUUCUGGAGGAAAAACGAGUUAGUUGCUACCACAAUUUCACUUCAGUCAGUUUUAAGCUUUAUUGCACCGGGAAAAUGACGCGAAUUAUUUUGAGCAUCGUCGUUUGUUUUGUGCUUGGUGUGCGAGCCGAUUUUCCCGCUGAUCCUAAGCCAUGUAAAUAUGGCGAUUCGGACUGUAUUGUAAAGGUGAUGAACGACUUGAUCAGUCAUAAGGCGACGCAGGGCGAUCAAUCUUUGAAUUUGGUCAAGCUCGAUCCGCUGGCGGUGACUAAAAUGAACAUCAAACAGGGAGCCGAAAGUCCAGUUAACAUUGAUCUAACAUUUACGGAUAACAACGUUUACGGCAUUAGCUCCAUGAAGUUCCGCAAAGUCAAGGGCUUUGGGAAAAGCAUUGACAAAAAACACGAACUGUUGUUGAAUGCAGGCAAGUUGAGCCUUGUUGGACCCUACAAAAUCAAGGGCAAGGUCCUAAUACUUCCCAUCAGCGGCAAUGGAGAGAGCAACAUGACAUUGGUCAACUGUGACGUUAUAGUAAGCUUUACGGGCAAGCCCGUGGAGAAGGAUGGCGAGACCUAUAUGGAGGCAACCAAUCUGAAGUUUUCGACCAAGCCGGAGCGUUUGUAUUACCACUUCAGCAAUCUGUUCAAUGGAGAUAAGGCCUUGGGUGAUAACAUGAAUGCGUUCCUCAACGAUAACUGGGAAGCAAUAUUUUUAGAGGUGCAGCAGUCGAUGCAAUCGGCAUUUGCCGAAAUAUUCCAAACGAUUAUCUAAAAAAAAAAAUCAAAGUAUCCCUACGCCAAGUUCUUUGAGGAAAAAAAAAAAAAAAAAGUAUG